UUUCAUCCUCGGACAGAUGGACACCGCGGGUCCAAUGUUUAUUUAAGUAGACGUUUUAUUUUGAAAAACAAGCUAACUUCCGUUUGCGUUGGCGUUUUGAUGGAGAUUGACGGCUGAGUGGGUCACGUGUCGGUGGAUGUGGUUGCGUUUGAAUAAAACAUGAUCAGAUCUGACGGAGAUGGAGAAAGAACACGUGAGCAGCAGCACACCACUGCCUUCAUCUGCAUCAUCUGCAUCUGCAUCAUAGGCUGGACUCCCUCUGGUGGACAUUCUAAUUCAAAGCCUAACAUCCCCUGCGCUGCAGUGUUUGAUGUGUUGCUAGGCAACAGUGUGAGUGUCUGUGAGGUGAAACUGAGGACGGUUGGACGGUUGGACCGAGGACAGCAGAUAGAAGACACCUGAGCAGGAGAGACAGAGGAUGGCGUUGGCCAGUGGACACUGGGUGGACAAGGAGGUGAAGGGCGGAGCUCCAAGUCCAAGAUAUGGCCAUGCUUUAGCGGUGGCAGGAAAAGUGGCCUUUCUGUUUGGAGGAGCCUCCAGCAUCAUCCAACAGAACAACAGCUGUGUUUACUUCAAUGACCUCUACGUGUUGACAGUUGACGCUGAAGAUGUGAUGUGGGAGGAGAUUCCUCAGAAUGGAGCAGUUCCAUCAGCCAGAGAAGGACACAGUCUGUGUAUUGUCGAAGGGAAGCUGUAUCUGUUUGGUGGACUGUCACACCCUGAUGCCACCGAAUGUCUGCCUGACGUUUACAGCUUCGACAUCGUGUCUCUCACCUGGGGUUGCCUAGCAACCAGGGGCGUGGCCCUCCGGACUCUCAGACACAGCUCGGUUGCCGUGGGAGACAACAUCUACGUGUAUGGCGGCCAUGUUGGAGGGAAUCCCACCGACGACCUACUGGUCUUCAACACAGUUUCUCGGACCUGGGUUCCGGUCAGAACCAGUGGAUCUCCUCCUCCUGCUCUGUCCGGGCAGACGUGGGCUCUGGUCGGAGAUCAGGUCUUCAUGUUCGGAGGAUUCGGAUCAGGAGGAGAGUUCUGCAAAGACCUGUAUGUUCUGGACACAGAGAAUCUGUUCUGGCAGAAGUGGGACGUGAGAGGAGAGACGCCGACGGCGAGCAGCGGCGCCACGCUGACCGCACACCACAACAAGGAUAUUUAUUUGUUUGGUGGAAAAAUUACCGAUGAGGACGGAGAAGAUACGGCAACCAAUGAAAUCCACAAACUCAGCAUCGCGAACAUGAAGUGGAAGGUUCCUGUGUACGUCGGACUUCCUCCGGCACGACGACAUGGACACACCGCCUUCAUCCUCCACAGCCACCUGUACGUGUUCGGAGGGAAGAACGAGGUGCAGGAGUUUGAUGACCUGAAGGCGAUGAAACUGAUCAAACCUUCGGAGCGGCAGCCAGUGCUGACGGGGGUUCUGUCGGACUCGGGUCUCCAGGGGUUCCACAGCCACGCCCCCAGUGCCGGCCACGCCCUGAAUGAGCCCCCGCCGUCCAAUCAGAGCACACAGGUUUCCAUCUACAGGGACUUCACCUCAGUCCGGGACCAGGCCCUGAAGAUGAUCCAGACUGCCUUCAACCUGCUGGACCGGGAGUUCAGCAGACUGGACCGGGAACGGUUGGAGGUUUCCAGAGCUGCUGCUGCUCUGAACCGAGAAAAGGAGGCCCACGAAGCCCUGAGACGACAACAGCAGCAGGAGUUGAAGGACAUGUUGAUGCAGAAUGAAACGUGGCUUCGUUCGACGACUGAAGAAAACGACCACGAAAGAACGAAGAACGAGGGAGGAGCAUCUGGACGAGCGGAGCAAUGUCCAGACGAACAGUGAACUACGUUAAACACCGACAGGAACCAUCGACCACCACCACCAUUUACCCUGGAACAUGAAUGGAUCAUAUCACAGCUUUCAUCCAGGUGUCCCCACCUGCGACAGGAUCCAACGCACGACCGGGUCCAAUAAGAACAUGAAUAGAAACACAUGUGACCUGUGAGUGGGAGGGGCUUCAGUCAGGUUUGACAUGUACAGGUCCAAUCAUCAGAGGAGAACGUCUACAGAACGUCCAGUCAAGUUCAGGUUCCAUCUGAGGAACUGGAAUUCAACUGGGAUUCAGAAAAACCUCCAAACAUUUACACUGAAUUUACCUGGAAAGAAAAACAGGAAGUAA